AUGUCUAAAAAGAAACAAUCUCCAACCUCAGAAUUUCUAUCAGAAUCAUCAGAAUCCUCUACAGUUACAACAUCAGAGUCCGAAUCAGAAUUAUCUGUGUCGGAAGAGAAUUCGAAUCCAUCCACUCCAGUUGACACAUCAGAGUCCGAAGGGCUUGAGACUAGUUUUAGAACAUUGACACUCGAUCCACCAAUUUUAAAUUCAACUAUCCUUCGUGAAAAAGGAGUAACCCAAUUAUAUCACUUCACAGACAAAAGUAACUUAGACUCUAUUAAACAAAAUGGUCUAUUUUCUUGGGAUCAUAUUGAUCAAAACGGAAUUCAAUCUGUGAUGGGAAGUAACGAAGACUCAAGAAGAUUGGACAAGAGAAAAGGAUUAGAAGAUUAUGUAAGACUCAGCUUUGUUCAAAACCACCCCAUGAUGCACGCAGCAUACAAAAGAGAUAGUAUAAAGCAACCAAUUAUUUUAGUAAUUGAUAUCAUGGUUGUGGAUCUCUUGGAUGUAAAGUUUUCUGAUGUAAAUGCAACUUCCAACAACGUAAUCAUUCAAAAUGACACGAAUCAUAUCCAAUUCAGUAUUUUCAAAAAAGAUUAUUUCAAACUCUCGACCAACGAAAAACAAUACUUCCAGGCAGAGGUUUUAAUAAGAAAUAACGUACCUGCAAGUUAUAUCAAGAGAUCUAUUACCCCAAAUAUGGGUCGUAAGAGUACAUAA